AAUCUGCCGAGCUUUUCCUUUCCUCCAUAAAGAAGACUCUGACCUCAUUGCCUCAACUCCCUCCGCUGACGUAUUUCGCAUCAACACCGCGCAUUGUCGAACAUCGCGUGCAAGUCACGUUGUACUACCAAAAGAGGGCGUUUGCGCUGGACGACACCACCGCGAGCACUUUUUGGAACCCGCACCCAGGCCGUUUGGAGCAUUACGCGGCCGCUGUCAUCGAGACUUGCUCGGUCUCUCGUCGCGUCUCCUUGAAACCGCUGCAAAACCUACGUCACCAGCGCCCCAGGACCGAAGUCAUCGCCAGGACCAGCUGUCCAUCAGAGGAAGGCCAACUGCGCACUCGAGUGCUCCGGCGUCGUAGUUGCACACGGCAAAGUGGAAAGAGAGUGCAAAGAAGAGAGGUGGAAGAAGUAAGGCAGUAGGUUCGAGGAUCGUCGUCACCUGGCAGCGCCCAGCACGAUACAGGCCACCCGACGUCAUCAUGGCCGCAGUCGCUACUCGAUCAUCAACAACGACUGCCAAUUCACCACACCUGAGCACGAAGAGCCAGACUGCAUCGCCGCGUUCUAAUCGCAAUUCGUUGCAGGCGCCAGACAUCUUGAAGAAAGAGCCAUCCGAGAAGUCGGGUACGUCGCCGCCAUUGCCGCAUCACCGCGACCACAGAGCACUUGCCACAUCAUCGUCGGUCGCCACUAACAUUCGCACAGAGACAUCGGUCCCUACGAUCAAGCAGCCUGAAGCAGAGCCCGAAAACAAAGACUCUGCUGCUACUGGUGCCAAUGCGCCGCUCGCCCCACCGCCCAAACCCACCCAGAACGGCGACGGCGAUUAUUUUGGUGUGUCGAGCAACGGAUCCCAUCUGACCAAGGAGCCCAAUCCAUUCGAGAGCGCAUUUGGCAACCCCGCAGAGACACCAGGCAAGACGCAACUUCCAGGCGUGACCAGUCUCACAUCGCCAGCGUCGCUCAUUCCUGGCAACACGCCCGGCUGGCCCGGUUCCCUUCGCUCAGGCCCUCUCAGUCCGGCUAUGCUCACCGGACCGACCAGCUCCAACGACUACUUCAACAGCGACCAUCACUUCGCUGGUAGUUUCCCGACUCCGAACGAAUCUUCGCUUCGAACUGGUUUGACGCCCGGCGGUGGCGGGUCUAUGUUCCCACAGCCAUCGCCAAAUUCACAGGCCCUUUUCAGCAGCUUACAGAGUGGAGGUGCCACGCCUGGCACUCUUGAUUUCCACCGAACCGCGAUGACUGCCCGUGCUCAGACCUCUCAGAAUACCUACGGCCUCGGUCAACCCGCGACAUCGCAAGCGCAACAGAACCCGAACAUUCAGCCAGAUCUUGACAGCAAGCCCUACAACCCGAACGGUCAGAGCGCAGCGCAAGAUAACCAAGAUCCGUUUGGAUCUCACCAAAGCAACGAGGCCGCGAACGGUCUAUUCAUGUUGGCGCAGGCUGGCGGUCAGCAGCAGCAACAACGAAACGCGACCAGCUACCCGAUGUCACAGCAACAGGGCUACCAACAAGGCAUGCAAGACCAGCGAGGCAACAAGGGCAGCAUUGGUAGCAACAUGUCCGGUAGCACCGAGCAUGCUGACCAAUACUCGGAAGAAGACAACAAGGCCAACGUGCGCAACGCUCGUGGCAAGAAGGGUGCCGCUGGUAAGGGUGCGGCCAAUGGCAAGAGAAAGAAUGACGAGGGUUCAUCGAAGCAAGGUGCCAACAAGAAGGCGCGUGCUAGCACACAGUCGGAAGAGCCCGAAGACAUGGACGACAUGAGCCCCGAAGCCGAGGAGAUGGGCAAGGAUGGCAAGAAGAUGACAGAUGAGGAGAAGCGUAAGAACUUCUUGGAGCGCAAUCGUGUCGCCGCCCUCAAAUGCCGACAGCGGAAGAAGCAAUGGCUGGCUAACCUCCAGCAAAAAGUCGAGAUCUUCAGCACUGAAAACGAUGCACUGGCUGCUACCGUUACUCAGCUACGCGAGGAAAUUGUUGGGCUCAAGACUCUCCUGCUGGCGCACAAAGACUGCCCAGUGUCGCAAGCACAAGGCAUCUCUGGCAUGGCCAUGCAACAAAUCGCCGGCGAUACUCAACAUUAUGCCAAUCCAUAUGGCAUGGCCAUGGGCCAAGGCGGCCCCGGAAUGCCGCAACAAGGUCAGAUGGCGCAAGCGCAGAUGCAGAGGAGGUAAGCAAAGUGUCACCACACUUUCUUGCCUCCGAACAUCGCAUCUAACCGUUGCGUAGCUAGGAGCCCGCUUACAUGUCUGAUCGCUCCGUCGAUCGAUCUUUCGAAGGCAUAGCUCACAGCAUCGAGUCGCCUUCGAAAUACCUCAACAUGUCGCCGCCGACGCCGCGCCCCAUUGACGACGUGCCGGUGUACGGACGGCAGAUCGUGUUGAUUUAAGUAAACGCCAGUGGUGUACUUUUGAUUCAACUGUAGAUGAUUUUCAGGGAAUUCUCUUCAUGGUUGGCCGCGUUGGGAAACAAGGCGAAUGUGGCAGCUGCACAGACAGAUGGCGAAGAUGGCGUUACUUGCUGCAAAGGAAACGGAAAUGCUGGCAUGGGCGGUAAAAAGGACUCCUUUUCUGCUUCCAUGCGUGGCAGCGACCUUUUGGCUCGAGUUCAUAGACUGACUUGAGCGCGACAUGCUACGAAUAGUGAGGCAAAGUAAUGAAAUAAAUUCAAU